UCUUUGUGUUAUUAUGGGGAAGGAAGGAAGGAAAUGAUUUCAGUGUAAGCAUUUCUGAAUGCACUGAAAAUACACGCAACACACACCAUCGCAAUACAGGCACUUGCAUGCAAGAACAAUGCGCACGUACUGCAUGCACAAAUAUUGUUAACUUGUGUGAUAUGAUUAAAUUCAGUGUUUUUAUGGUUCGUGGAUGUGCAGUAGUAACUUAUUGAUUAAGCUAUUUUUAACAUUAAUAGGGAGCAGGCAUAAACCUUCGCUAAUACAUAUUUUCUGCGGUUUGCAGGAAGUGUAGACUGUGGUCAAACUCACAGCGGCUGCUCAGCUCUGUGUGAAGGGGAAGAAAGAACGGACAGGAUAUACUCAGGAGGAGAAGUUUAAAUAACAGUCGUGCUCUGGCGUUUACAUGAAAUGUAACUCUGGUGAGUCAUUUUUAAAAGGAAGGAGAACAUUUUGCCAGUAGCGGAGCAGCAGGAGGGCAACGUCGGUGCUGGAUGUGCAGAUGGGACACACUCUCACUCCGCUCUUUGUUCUGGGGUUAAUCUUGCUGAAUACACUCCUCUGUGGACAUGCUGAAGGGCAGAAUUAUGAUGACAAGAGUGCCGACGAUGGUCCUGAUUAUGCUGACAUGGAGAAAAGACCAACAGCUGUCGCGACUCUGCAAUCAAACUGGCCUGACAUAUACGAAGGAGAGAGGAUCGCUCUCCGAUGUGAGAUCAAGGAUGGAGGAGACGCUGAGUGGGAGUACAGAUGGCUAACAAGCAGCUCACAAACAUCUUCAUAUAACCCUCAUAUACCUGAACUUAGUAUUAGUUUUGCAUAUGUAUCCCACAGUGGAUACUACAGGUGUAUGGGCACAAUGAAAAGUGGUCAACAGUACAGAACAGAAUGGAGUGAUUACAUCAAACUGACAGUAUCAGGCAAACCCAGAUCUGUCCUCACUGCGUCUCCAUCAUGGCUGAGUCCCGGAGGUGCUGUUACUCUGAACUGUGAGGCUGAACGUCCGUCUGCAGGGUGGAGGUUCUCCUGGUAUAAGGCUGUUCCCAAACUGUCGGACACCUCCUACAGCUAUGAGCCGCUGCCUGGCAGCAGCAACGGGACUGAACAGGAUUCCUUCGUUGUUCACGGACAGACGGGCACAGCAGGAUAUGCAUGCAGAGCUGGAAGAGGAGACCCGGUGUAUUACACUUAUUACAGUGAACCUAUGUUUGUCUUCUCUGGAGAUCCCCAUCCGUCAUCGUCCCUCACAGUGAGUCCUGACGGAGUGCAACACUUCACCUCCGGCUCCGUCUCACUGAACUGUGAAGGAAACUCCUCACGGUGGAGAGUGAGGAGGGUUCCUCAGAACACGGCCUCGUCAUACUUGUCCUCCUGUCCCCACUGGGGGACGAUGACCGGAUCCACAUGCAGCCUGGACCGUAACUGGCAUGCUGGGGCAGCGUACUGGUGUGAGUCUGGAUCAGGAGAGUUCAGCAAUGCAGUCAACAUCACUAUACAGAACGAGAAUAUUAUCCUGUUGAGCCCCGCCCGUCCUGUGACUGAGGGCGAUGCUGUCAGCCUUAGCUGCAAGUUGAGAAGGGGAGAAUUUGGGUCCGUCGUGCUUUUCUAUCGUAAUGGCGAACUCAUUCAAAAUGAUACCACAAGGGAGCUAAAAAUCCCUGCAGUGUCGAAGUCCGACGAGGGCAUGUACAAGUGUCAGCACUCACGAGACGUGUCGCCACAGAGUUGGAUGUCUGUAAAGGUUUCCAGGCCUGAAAGCGCUUCAUUUCCUGUACUGUUGAUUGUUGGGUUGGUUUGUGCCAUCCUACUGAUGAUUCUUCUGCUCCUUUUGUAUCAGUACAGAGUUGCCAAAGAUCCGUGUUUUAUCAGGCCAAUCCAGCCUGAGAGCACCAAUCAGGGCUCUGACACGAAUCAUGUGGUCAACCAGAGUGAAGCUCAGUGUGAAAAAUACUCCGCUCUUCUCCACGGUGACACUCAUCUCUACGACUCAGUCGAACGCUCUGAAGACACUGAUAAUGAUGCAGAUGGACCAAAGGAUGUCACAUAUUCUUUGAUUGAACUUAAAAACAUUAGAGAGAAGGCAGGGAACAAGCGUGAAUCAGAGGAGGACCAAGUUUACCCUGAUGGGAAUCUGUACGCCCAAAUCAACCACCACAAUAAAGGUAAAGGCAGAAAGAAAGGGCAAUCACCUCCUGGAGCAACUGAUGAAACUGUUUAUUCUGAAGUUAAACCAGGAACAGCUCUUGGUAAUAGCGCUGCCACAUGAUGUGCAAAAUGACUUAUUGUGCAGAUAAUUAAGUGGUUAAAAGCUGGAAUAACGUGUCAGAAAGCAUCCUUACAUCUUGAAUAACAUUGUAUUGCUGUUUUGUUGUGGUUUUCUGAGCUGUGCCUGCAAAGGAACAUGGCUGACAGAGUCAAAAAAUGAUUGUGUGCACACUUGCUGUUUGAAUUUCAGAUAUGCUCAGUAUUUUGCACAGCAAUUUGUUAGCAGAUUAUAUGAAAAAAUUAAAUUGUAUGGAUUUAAUUAGCCUCUUCUAGCACGAAGACUAGUGAGGCGUUUGUUUUUCUUUUUCGCUGUUAUUUGGUCAUUUAUUCUUAAGGUGUUUGGAGGAAUAUUUGAAAGUGAGCUGUUCCAACAGUUUGAUACAGUGUCUUUGAGCUGAGGUACCCAGCUGUCAAAAUCAGCAUCUUUUGCUGUGUUCCAUCACCAACAAUUACUUCAAUAUAAGUAAUGACCUGCUAUCGAACAACAUGAUUCACCUGAAAGUAUUUGCUAUUUUUUGUAUUUUCAAAGCCUUCCUGAUCAUUUUAUGCAUCAAUAAACUUUAUAUUU